CGCCGUUUGUAAAGUUGCGCAUGCCCAGCGAAGAACAGCCAUUACGGAACGUGUGUAAAGAUUUUGCAAAAUGGGGUUCAAUUUAGGCGACGAAUUUCCUAACUUUUCAGCAAAGACAACUGCUGGGGAUAUUAAAUUCCACGAUUGGAUAGGAAAGGACGGAUGGGCGAUCUUGUUCUCACACCCGGCUGAUUUCACACCAGUAUGUACAACAGAGCUGGGUAUGGUCAACAAAAUGGUGGAGAAAUUCAAGGCAUUGAAUGUCAAGCUGAUUGCAUUGUCAUGUGAUGAUGUUGAUAGUCACUCUAAAUGGACAGAGGACAUUUUAGCCUUUACUAAAGAUGCAAAAUUUGAUUUCCCCAUCAUUGCUGACCCAAAACGUGACCUUGCUGUACAGUUUGGCAUGUUAGACCCAGUGGAGAAGGACUCAAAGGGACUUCCACUCACCUGCAGGGCUGUUUUUAUCGUUGGUCCAGACUAUAAACUGAAGUUGUCCAUGUUAUACCCAGCUACCACUGGAAGAAAUUUCGAUGAGAUUUAUCGUGUGGUACAGUCUCUCCAGCUGACAGCCUACAAGAAGGUGGCAACACCAGCUAACUGGCAGAGCGGCGGUGAUUGUAUGGUAAUACCAUCGGUUAAAAAGGAGGAGUUAGCUACCUUGUUUCCGGCUGGUGUUGAUACCAAGACUUUGCCAUCGGGGAAAGAGUAUCUGAGAUUCACACCGGAUCCAUCCAAGCCGGCAAAAAAAUAGACCCUUGUUAUAAAGAUGGACAUUAUAUUUUAUUUUCAAAGUGUUAUAUAAAGCUUUUGCAAUAAUGUACUGUUAAUGAUUUUGUUUCAUGCUUUAUAACAAAUAAGUCAAUACACAGUAUUUGUUCAUACUUAGAUUUUUUUGUUGAAAAUAUAAAUAAUCUUGGCACAUUUCAGUAACAUUUUAUACCAAAACUUGAUAAAUACAGAUUUUAUCAAAUGUGAUGUUAGGUUUUUCAGCAGGGCACAAAUUUUGAAAAGGGACCAGACUAAGUCAAGGCCGCAGCUACAUUGUACAUGUAGAAUUAAUAGCCUUGUACAAAAGAAAUAAUCGUGUAUGUUGAUAAAAGAUAUUAAAUAAGUAAAAAAAUGGCUAA